GAACAGCUUGGGCCUGGAAGUGCACAUGUGCUGGAGCCCAAUAGUCAGGGCUGAUAUAGGUUUUGUUUUGUGUAAUCUCAGUUUGUACUGAUAAUUUGAAUAGUAUAUACUUAGUUUUCUCGUUGUUUGUUUUUGUUAAUUUUUGAUAUAUUUUUACAAUACCUCACUUGCAUGACUGCACUUUCCACGCAUCUGGUUAAAAAAUAAAUUGAAGCACCAGGUGAAGAACUCAUGUCCAUGUCUCCUCCUUCCACUAUGGGGCUAAACCUUACAUGUGGUGUCAGAAGUUAAAACAAGCUGGGGAAUGCCUCCCAAAAAGCUCCAACAGCAGCAGAUUGAAGUUGAAGAGGAGGAAGUGGCGACAGGAGAUGAAGAUGGCUCCCAGUCAGGAGAAAACCCUGGUACGUCUGUUGCGUCUAGUCUUGUCUCCUUGGCCAAGAUGUUUGAGAGUUUCAUGCACCUGCAAAUGGACAGAGAUAAAAGACAAGAAAAGGAAGCUGCAAAACAGGAACAGAAAUACAGUGUGCUGAAUCAUCAAGUCACACAACUUCAGUUGGACCUUGAGGCUGCCAGGGGUGGCCAUCAACCAACAGCUGGGGCACUAAAAGGAGAGCCUAAGCUGCAACGACUUGAAGACUUUGAUGACAUUGAACAUUUCAUCACGACUUUUGAGAGGUUGGCUGGGGUCUACAACUGGCCACAGCAAGAGUGGGCCAUACGACUGAUCCCACUGUUGACGGGUAAGGCCAGAGGGGCCUUUGUGGCAAUGAACCCAGCAGAUACAACGAAUUAUGGCUUGUUGAAAGCUGCAGUGCUGAAAAAAUAUGAAAUCAAUAGAGAAACUUACCGUCAACGAUUCCGCUCUUAUGACACACCAGCUGAGGAGUCCCCCCAAGAACUGUAUACCCGACUCAAAGACUCUUUUUGCAAAUGGGUCCAGUAUGACACCUGCAGUAAAGAGGAAAUGAUGGAGAAAUUGGUCCUGGAGCAGUAUUUGAAGGUGCUUUAUCCAGAAGUGAAAGUCUGGGUCAAGGAGCGUGAUCCAACCACUGCUGCAAUGGCUGCUAAACUAGUGGAUGCCUAUGUGUCUGCUCACAAGGGACCAGGAUUUUACCGCUACGCAGGACAACGCAGACUCCAAGGGGGAGGGGCUUCUGGUAUAAAGGAAGGAGGCAGAGGCCCCCCUGGAGAGAGAACAGCUUGGGCCUGGAAGUGCACAUGUGCUGGAGCCCAAUAG